CCAUCGCCGACACAAGCGCGCUGACCGUCACCGCUACGGGAUCGGGGAAGCUAGCGGUCGUAUGAACUAGCGCUUUUACAAAAGAAUAAGUUACUAUAUAGAUGUUUCUUCUUCUUCUCGUGAGAGAAAUAUUUCGUGUCGGUUUUUAUACAAGGAGGGAAUUUUUCCCUUGAGUGGAAUAAGGAAAUGUGUUUGAGAAGAUUUUGAAAGACGGUGGCUGUUGUUGAAGAGUUGAGUGAAGUGAUUUUCGAGGAAGUGUGAAGUGUUUACUUAGCGUCCUCGUUGCAACGGCAUUGAAAUUCACUGAGGGCGAAAGCAGAAACACGCUGAAAAGGAAAUAUGUCUUUUCAUUAGAGAGAGCGAGAGAGUAGGAAUAUAAAAAAAAAUAUUUGAAAAAGGGGAUAUCUGUACAUUCUUUUGAAUAUAAGAGUAAUCAAAGAGUGCGAGGUUUAAAUAGAAAAAUAAGAGGAAGUUAACAAACAAACAAAAGGGAACAAAAGCAGAAGAUAACCCGGACGUAACGAAAAGCAACAACAACAAAACAACAGCAACAAAAACAACAAGAACAACAACAAUAACAACAACAACAGUAAAAACAAGAACAAGAACAAGAGCAACAACAACAACAACAACAAAAACAAGAACAAGAACAACAACAACAUGAGAUCUGUGGGGACCAUCCUCUUCUUCGCCUCCGCCUUCAGCGUCCUCAACGGCGAGCAAUUGGUCACAUCGCCUCCCAAGGGAACAGCCCGCCCUCUGACCUCUGACCCGGUGCCCUUCCCUCCCGAUGACCUUGUGGCGCCCUUCGUCUCCAAGGUCACAGCCCUGCCCGACUACAGCCUACAAGAUCUGCUGCAACCUUUCCUGGGAGGUCAAGGUCAAGCCAAGGUUCAGGAGGAGUUUGACCCUGCGCAGAGGGACCCUCUGAGGGACACGACGGCGGCAGAAGCGGCGAGGAACCCCACGCCCUUCGAAGGGAUCAAGGAGCAGCUCAUGCGGGUCGUCGAAAGCAGAGGCAAGGCAGUGGCGAGACAAUUUUCCUCUCUGAGUUUCCCCUCACUCGAAGCUGCCCUCCUGUCUCUCGCCUUUCUCACCUUCGCCGUUUUCCUCAUCGAUUUGGUUCAGGACGUGCUGAGUACCAACUCCACCUCAACGGGACGCCACACACGCAACGCCAGGGAUCCUGAGGAGGACCAGCGCACCACUGACCUCAUAGUCCUGGCACUGACCUCGCUUGACACGGUGUCACACGGGCGCGAGAACCCCGAGUGCGGCCAGAAGCUGCUGUGUCAUCUGAAUCGCUCCGGGUGGCACGAUGACGGCAUUCUGGGCACUGCCUCGAAUUACGUUGUGAGCUUGUUCCUGACACUGUUUUCCCCCGAGUCUGGUUUCCAACGGAAUCUCGACGCUGCGCAAUACGGGAGGGACAAGCAAGAAUGUGUUGAUAGAUAUACGUCAUGUCCAUCUAUUUUGGGUGACCUGAUAUAUCACAGAUGACCUGUUACGUGACCUGUUUUUGUCAUAGGUGACCUGUUGUGCGACCUGUUUUUGUUAUAGAUGAAUUGAUAUUACGAUUUGUUCUGUUAUAGAUGAAUAGCUGGGACGACCUCAAUUGUGAGAGGUGACUUCACCUCUGAUCUCUUAUGACCUGACCUGUAAUAGUUGACUUUCUGUAAUAUCUGAUAGCUUAUAGAUGGCCUGCAGUGUGACCUGAUCUAUCACAGUAACCCCUAUGCGAUCCAAUAUAUUCUGAAUAACCUGAUGUAUUAUGAAUGACCUUCUGCAUGACCUGAUGAAUUAUAAAUGACCUGUUAUGACUCGAUCUAUCAAAAAUGACCCCUUAAACGUCCUGAUCUAUCGCAGAUCCUUUCCUGCUGUGCCAGUCUAUGGCAUAAUAUAGCAGAGAUGACCUGUGACCUUCCACUAUAGCCUGAUAUAGCGCAGGUGAUCCGCACGGCCUAGUUUGUCGCAAACGAUUUUACUCAAUUAUGACUGACCUCGUUUCUCUCUCUUCUUCAUUUUUCUUCGUCUACCCUUUCUUCCUUUUUUUUAGUCUUCUUCUUCUCCUUCUACAAAUAUUUGCCCCCCCCUCCUCAAAGGAAUUGAAAAUGCAAUAUUAACAUUUGUGUCUGUUCUGCAUGUCUGACUGCCCCCCCCAUCUCUCUUUCUCUUUCUUUCUAUUUCUCUCUCUUUCCUCUCUCUCUCUCUCUCUCUCUCUCUCUCUCUCUCUCUCUCUCUCUCUCUCUCUCUCUCUCUCUCUCUCUCUCUCUCUCUCUCUCUCUCUCUCUCUCUCUCUCUCUCUCUCUCUCUCUCUCUCUCUCUCUCUCUCUCUCUCUCUCUCUCUCUCUCUUUCUCUCUCUCUUCGCAAAUAACUUCCACGAAGCUUUAAUAAACACACUCGGUCGACAGGGCUGCCAACAUUUCCAUCAUCUUGCUUUCCUCCCAUUGUGGUGUUGGUACUUCUGACUAUCAGGGCAUUCGUAUUUCUUAUCAGUUAUAAGAUAAAAAUUAUUUAAAAUAAUUUUAUAAUUGGAUAGAGUUAAAUAAGAUUUUUUUUGACAUAUGAAUAAAGAUUUGUUUUUAUUUUAA